AUGGCUUCCAUCAACGCCAAACCCUCGUUGAAGAUAGAGACGAGCCGGGAGAUGCCACCUCCUCCCACCACAGCCACGCCAGCUACCGAGAACCCAAAGCCCAUACUCAAGCUCAACACCGGGGGAUCGCGCCAGCCCUCUAUCAGUGCCGACGGUGCUACACCCACGCCUUCCACCGAAAAGAAGACUAUAAAGAUCAAGUUGAACAGUCAACCCAGCACGCCUGCGACCGCCACCUCCGCCCAGACCCCGAGUGUUAUGAAGACCAAAGCUGGGAGGACCUCCAAGCCCACUGCGAAACUCACCGAGUCGAAGAAGCGCGGCUAUGAGAGUGACGAGGAUCGGCCCAUGGCCGCCUCGCGCGCUUCCUUGUCCGCCGCUCGCCCGAGCAAGAUGAUCAAGAUCAAGCCCUCCUUGAAGUCGGGCCCGAACACUCCUUUCUCUGCUAUCGCGGGCACGCCUGUCAAUACCAUCCGAUUCAGACCCAAGGGAGAGCCCGUCCCGCGCAAGUUCGGCGACGCUUACGACUCCGAGGCUAGCGAUCGUGAGCAGGACCCUCAACGGGAAUCCAACUUUAUUCUCCGAGUCAUGGAUGGGCCACCCACAGAGUACCUGAAGAAGGCCUUGGCCGAUGGCACUAUGGGGGUGCCCAAGGCCAACGGCGGAGCAGUCUUCGGUGUGCAGUUCCUUGACGCCAAGGAACGCCGCGCUAUGGUCACCAUCAACGAUAUAUGCUACGCCGCCGUCUUGGUAAGGCUGCCUACUAUUACCGAAGCCAUGAAAACCUGGGACCGCAAGGCCAUGAUGAAGAACUCCGACAUCUCUGAGAUGCUUCUAUGCUUUGCUGUCGUAAAAGGUGAGAGCGAGGCCAAGACCAUACCGCUGCCACCCAUGGUGGCGAAGCAUGACCUCAGGUGGCCACACGGCAUCACCCCUCCCAUGCAUGACGCCGCCAAUCGCAGAUUCAGAAAGACCCUUUCAGAGAAGCAGUGGGAGAGCACACAAAAUCGCGUCCAGAAGCUCAUCGAAGACGACAAGGGUUUCGACGAUGUCACUAUGGAUAUCAUCAACGAGGACGAGACUGAGAACGAUGCCGAGAACGAUGCCGAAUAUGACGAUGAAGAGGAUGCCGAUGGUGAAGCCGACCUAGAUGAUUAUUUCGGGGACCAACAACCCGCCGCUGGGGACGAGGACAUGGAUGGGGAUGAUGGCUUCGAUAUUGAUGAGGACGACUUAGAAGCCGCCCUCGAGGAAGAGCUUGCAGGUAAUGAGUCGCUCAAUGGGGCUACGCCGGCUGCCAAUCUAGAGGCACCACCUACGCCCAUGACGAUGGACAUUACAACCCCUGCCGCUGUUGGGGAGCAAUCUGCUUCGGAAGAAGAUGGAGAUGAGGACGAGGACGAGGAUAUAUCCGAGGAGGAUGAGGAUGAUGACGAGGACGUCGAUGAAGAAGCAAAAGCUGCCGAAACGGAGCGCAAGCAACAGAUCGCUGAGCUCCGCGACAUGGAGAGACAGUUGGCCGAGUCCGAGGUCAAGCUACAAACAACUACCAUGCCCAUAUUGCAGAAACGGAUCCUGUCAAUCAUCGGAAACUGCAAGAAGGAGAUAGCUGUCAAGAAAGCUGCUCUCGGAAUGGCCGACGAAGACUAA